AUGACUCUCCUCGACGUUGUAUUUGCAGUCACACUGGUUCUUGUGGCUAUUGUAUUAUUUUGUGCAUUCUCAGUGUACAACAAUUAUCGACACGCGAAACAUAUUCCUGGAGUUUGGCAAUUGAUUUUUGCUCCGUUCAAAAUUCCAAUCAUCUCCGAUUAUGUCUAUUUCGGAUCACAUGAAACCAUUCAAAAAUUGAUCAGAGAGAAGGGAGAUCCAAAAACCCAAACGGUUCGAGUUUCCUUGAUGAGUCGAAAUGCUGUCAUUAUUUCUGACAAGAAUUUGUUGAAAGAAUUAUUAAUUGUUAAAGGAAAUAACUUUAUCAAACCCAUUGCAACCUAUGAUGCUUUCAACGUGUUUGGUCCCAACAUUCUCUCCAUUUUGGAUGCCAACAGUGAAGCUUGGAAGAAUCAUCAUCGUGUCGCAUCAGGUGCAUUUGCAUCUAAAAAUUUAGAAUACAUGUCCACUGUGGCUUCUAAUAGUGUGGAUUUAAUUCGAAGCACGAAAUGGGAUAAGGAAAUUGAAGCAUCCAAGACAAGAAGUAUAAUGAUUGAUUCCAAUUCUGAUUUUUCAGAUAUUACAUUGGAUGUACUUGGUAAGGCUGGAUUUGGAUUGGAUUUUUCAAUCUUUGAUCAAGUCAGUAAGGAAGGUCGUAAUUUCAGAAAUGCUCUCGAAAUCAUGUUCACCAAAGGUAUAAUUUUAAGAAGAUUCAUCUUACCCAAUGCUCUCCUUUCAUGGACUCUUCCUUACUUGUCCAAGUGGAUGGGUGUUACUCAGGCACAUCAAGUCGUGAGCAAGAAACUGGAUGAAAUCAUUCAUGAACGAAGAAAAGAAAUGAUUCAUAAAGGAGAUUCUAACGUUACUUCGGAUUCUUCCUCAGACGAACGAAAAGAUUUAUUGAGUAUUCUCGUGGAGGCAAAUAUCAAUGAGAAGGGUCUUUUGAAUGAUGAAGAAUUGAAAUCAGAUGCAUUUAUCUUCUCAUUGGCAGGACAUGAAACUACUUCUACUGCCUUACAAUGGACUUGUUAUGAAUUAGCAAAACGUCCUCACAUUCAACAACAUGUCAGAGAAGAAAUCGAUGCAUUGCUUGGAAAGGGUCUCAAUGCUCGAUCCCCUAACUAUGACCAUUAUCCUCACUUGAAUUAUGUCAAUGCUGUCAUUAUGGAAUCUAUGAGAAUUCAUCCUCCUGUGACUCAAGUGGUCCGUGUCACGAAAAAAACGACUCAAGUGGGUGACAUUGUCAUUCCAAAAGAUACAGGAGUGUUAGUGAGUAUCUUUUCUGCAAAUAGAAGUGAGAGGAAUUGGGAUCGACCUGAAGAAUUCAUUCCAGAACGUUUUCCAAUGAAUUAUGAGGAACAAGCGAAAAUUCAACAUGACUUUGCUUGGCUGCCCUUCAGUGCUGGAAAUAGAAAAUGCAUUGGAUUUAAAUUUGCACUUAUUGAAGCGUGUAUCAUCUUGUCUCGACUGUUACAAUUUUACACUUUGGAAUUGGGAAAUGAUGAAUCAAAUCCCAAUGAUCAAGUCACCGAUGUAAAGGGAGUGACGGUUCGACCAGGAAAUUUGAAACUCAUUCUUAAACAUCGAACAGAUUUGUAA